CCCACUGUACCGAUCCCGCGCGCAUGCGCCGUGAGCGCUCGCAAGGUCCGAUGUUUUUUUUUGCUCGAAACAAACGCUCCGCCGAGUGUGUACAUACAUACGUAUUUCUUCCGUGGGACCGCUGCGGAGUAGCGACGGGGAUACACGCGGCGUUUCAUCCGCACGCUGCGCUCCUGCGGGGGAACGAUAAGCGGGUGGUGCGCGUCGAGUGUGCGGUGCCGUGUCCGGCCGGUGGUGCGGUCGGCGUGAUCGAUCCGGUGCGGUUGCGUCGCGCAGCGGGAGCAACAAGUCGCCCCAAGCGGCACCUUCGUUCAUCGUUGCGCCGAGCGUGUGGGCACAACAUGUCCGCUGCGACCACCCGGGUCGACGUUGUCCCCGGGAUCUCGUACUACGCGUGCGGCGCGAUACGAUGAUGCGCGCGCGACGCACGCGGCCUUAGGGGGUGGUGAACGCGAUGCGUCCACGCGCGACGUCGACGACGACGACGUAUGACGAUCUCGCGCGCAACAACAACAUCAGCAACGACGACGACGACGACGGUGACGGCGACGGCGGCGGCGGCGGCGGUGGUGGCAGUGGUGACGACCUCACGCGCGCACCGUACGACGAUGACGGAGCCGGAACUUUGCCGGCUGUGCGCCGAGACCAAGGAGAAUCUCAUCGGGAUCUAUGACGCCGAGGGCCAGAAGCUCGCGAUCGAGGCCAAGAUCGCCAAGUGCCUGCAGAUACAGGUUCUAAUAACGGAUGGUUUGCCACUCGCGGUUUGCAUAGACUGCUGUGAUUCAUUGAACCAAUGCAGCGAGUUCUUCGAGAAGACCAAUCAAGCACAAAUAUCUCUGAGACAAUUGCUGAGGGAUCCAAAGUCUGAACCACAACCGAUCGAACCAAAUAUAGAUUAUGUGGAGGAGACCAUAGAGUUUCCAAAGAACGACACCAACAACAGGGAGGAGAUUGUCCAGUGCCAGUUACCUGGCAAUUACAUCAAUGAGACAGUCAAUAUCUUAAAUACUUCUUACUUCAUCGAAGGAUGUAAUAAAAACGCGAAUUCCGAAACUCAGGAAAUGCAGGAUAACGCAAAGCAGAAGAAGUGUAAGAUACAGAUAAAGAAGAGCUCUCUCAAGCAAGCUAAGAAAAAAUUAAAGAAAAAGGGCCAGAUAAAGAAUGAAGAGGAGCCUGAGGAGCUCCAUAUAUCUUCUCAAAUAGACAAGGAAUCACAAAGUGAUACAUCUUUGAAAGAUAACGCAGAAAUCAUAGAUAAUUAUAUGCCUGUAGAGACAGAAUCAAAUUUAGUAAUAAGGGAAACACGAGCGAUGGAGGCAACGAAGCAUGGAAGAAAAAAAACGGAAGGACUGGAUAGAUAUCCUUGGUUAUGCACAGAUUGCAAUGACAAAUUACCGUCUCUAGAAGCAUUAGAGGAGCAUCACGAAACGGUGCAUAGUCAACAAGCCAAGUAUAUGUGUGUGCAAUGUUGCAAGGUUUAUGAUAAAUAUUACGGGUUUCUCACUCAUGUUAAGAGGCAUAAGAAUAAGGCGAAGUUUAGCUGUGAAGAUUGUGGGAAAUCAUUUGUACAUAAGAAAGUAUUAGACUCUCAUAAGACCAUUCACAGCGAAGAACGGCCAUAUGUGUGCCAAACUUGCGGUAAAGCUUUCAGGCAGCAAAGUGCUUUAUGUAUCCAUAAUCGAUGCCAUUUACCUGAGAACAUGAAGAAUAGAUUUCCAUGCGAUCAGUGUGAUAAAAGGUUCUCAACGAAACCGAAUCUUGUGACACACAAACGUAUUCAUUCUGGUGUCAGAAACUUCACGUGUGAUCAGUGUGGUAAGAGCUUUAUACAGAAAGGAAAUUUAGAGGCUCAUUUCCUAACUCAUUCACCAGACAAGCCGUAUAAUUGCUCUCAAUGUACAAAGGCAUUUAAAACGCCUUUACAAUUGAAGAAACACGAAACGGUGCAUACUGGUGCUAAGCCGCAUCAAUGUGCUGUAUGUGGACGAACUUUCAGAGAGAAAGGGACCUUGAGAGAACAUCACAGAAUUCAUACCGGUGCAAUGCCGUUUACCUGUGAAUUCUGCGGGAAGUCCUUCCGUUUCAAAGGGAUAUUGACUACACACAGGCGACAACACACCGGGGAGCGUCCGUACAGUUGCUUGGAGUGUCAGCAUCACUUCACUAAUUGGCCAAAUUACAAUAAGCACAUGAAACGUCGACAUGGGAUCAAUACCUCUCACACUAAGCAUCUAACCAAUAAUCAACAAUUGCAACAACAGCAACAACAGUCGACAGAGCAAACGCAACCGCCUCAGAUGCAACAGCAGUCUGCUGCAGAGGAUCCACUUUCGAUACCUCAAACAGAAUCAACGACAGUACAAGUAAUACAAACAGUUCCUUUUGUUUCGUCAUCACAGCCGAUAGUCAUCCAAACUAUUCCAACGACUACCAUUCAGACUUUCCAAUCGGACGUCACUAGUAAUGCCCAGGAGACGGUAUUCAGAGAUCGAAACGCGUAUUUCAACACAGUGCCAGUGUUACAGAAUUUUUUGCCAACGAACUUGUCGUAUAACUUUUAUAACAUUCCUAAUGUUACGGAAAACGAUUUAAUUCAACAUAGAUAAAAGUGUUUGUUAAGACCAAGCUUAAAUAAAGACGACUAUGUCUUUGUGCCGAUUGAGAAUCAGAAAGCAUGCGACAAUAACGUAUUAAUAAUAAGAAAUUUAUAAAUUUACCCAGAAGAAAUGCAGGUGCAAAAGAAAGGAAAUUUACACCUACAUUUCUUCUAGACAAAUUUAUAAAUUUUGUAUUAAAUAAUUAUUUAAAUCGUACAACAAUUAAAAUAAUUGAGUAAUCAUUUCGCAUGUAAUCCUUCUUCGCAGAACCUAAAAGGAUUGGCACGAAAACAUGGGAACUAGUAAAUGCAUAAUAGCAUAAGUAGUACGCAAUAUCAACCUUUUGUAUAGAACAAACACCAGAGGCAAAACAAUUGAUUAUAUACGUUUUAUAUUGUAACAUUAGUACUGAUAAUAUUAGAUUACGAAUUGUGUGUAUAUGCACACAUAUAUAGGAUGCGCCAAAAGUCUGGAUACAGUUAAAUAUCUUGUAAAAAAAUGCAAUUUUAAAAAAAUUUCAAACAAAAGAUAAUUUUAAGAGUUAAAGAAACUUAUUGAACAGUAAUAUCUAAUUGACCGUGGCGUUGCCAAGAUACACCUUCGAUAACGCUAAAUGUCGAUUUGAAAUUUGUCAACCAAUCUUAUUUAAAAAAGCGUGUAAAAUCGAUUACUUGCAUUUAUUAUAAUUUUUUUUUCCGUUUUUCUGCAGUUGCCUUGCUGGGCUUGCUUCGUGUAAGCGGCUGUCAUUGCGUUUGUAAUGUUAGUAAUUUAAAUAAUAUUUAACGAAAUUGUGAUUUAUUAUAUGAAAACGUCUCCACGUCGGUUACAAUAAUGUGCUGUAAAGAGUAGAUUUUAUUUUAAAAAUUGACCUUGCUUUGACUAUUUUUAAUUCAUACUCGACGUCGCGGUGGAUCGCGUUCGGGGCAAUGAUUACAAAUUGCUAAAUAUUUUUCACGAUUUAUAGUGAAAUGGUCUGCUAGCUUCUCAACUGUUGAUAGUCGAUCAUCAAUCAGUUUCUAUCACCAAUAGUUCUUUACAUUUUUUUGAUAAAUAUUUCAAUUUUUCUUCAUAUGCAGAAAAAUUCACACAUGAAAUUCACAUUGCCUCAGUAACGAUAAAAAUUGAUUAACCAAUUAGAUUCUUCUUGCACUACAAAAUCAUUUUUUUCUUUCUCCAACGUCCAAAAAUAUAUUUAUUUCGUAUUAAGUGCAAAAAUUUAUAAGGAUAUCAAACAAAUAAAUCUAUUGUUUACAAGAUAAUCUAAAUGUAUCCAGGCUUUUGGCGCAUCCUGUAUACUUGUUUAGCCACAUAUAUUAUCAGAUACACUUUGUGCAUCACAUUUUGUGCAUUAUUUCGUAAAAAGUUUUGUAAUAAAAAUGUAUAUUGUAUCCUCCAAUUUAAUGUGUACCGUGAA